CGCAGGGGGCGGGCCCUGGAGGGGGCGGAGCGGGGCCCGGGAGUGAAGCAGCCUGGCAACGGCGGUGGCGCCCGGAGCCCGAGAGUUUCCAGAAUGGCUUCUGCACCAACUUCUAAAUAUAAUUCACACUCCUUGGAGAAUGAGUCUAUUAAGAGGACUUCUAGGGAUGGAGUUAAUCGAGACCUCAGUGAGACUGUUCCUCGACUUCCAGGAGAAACUCGCAUCACUGACAAAGAAGUUAUUUACAUAUGUCCUUUCAAUGGCCCCAUUAAGGGAAGAGUUUACAUCACAAAUUAUCGUCUUUAUUUAAGAAGUUUGGAAAUGGAUUCUGCUCUAAUACUUGAUGUUCCUCUGGGUGUGAUCUCCAGAAUUGAAAAAAUGGGAGGCGCGACAAGUAGAGGAGAAAAUUCCUAUGGUCUAGAUAUUACUUGUAAAGACAUGAGGAACCUGAGGUUUGCGCUGAAACAGGAAGGCCACAGCAGAAGGGAUAUGUUUGACAUUCUCACGAGAUACGCCUUUCCCCUGGCACACAGUCUGCCAAUAUUUGCAUUUCUAAAUGAAGAAAAGUUUAACGUGGAUGGAUGGACAGUUUAUAACCCAGUAGAAGAAUACAGAAGGCAGGGCUUGCCUAACCACCACUGGAGAAUCACUUUUAUCAAUAAGUGCUAUGAACUGUGUGACACCUACCCUGCUCUCUUGGUGGUUCCAUAUCGUGCCUCAGAUGAUGAUCUCAGGAGAGUCGCAACUUUUAGAUCCAGAAACCGAAUUCCAGUGCUGUCAUGGAUUCAUCCAGAAAACAAGACCGUCAUCGUGCGUUGCAGUCAGCCUCUUGUCGGUAUGAGUGGUAAACGGAAUAAGGAUGAUGAGAAGUAUCUCGAUGUUAUCAGGGAGACUAAUAGACAAAUUUCUAAACUCACAAUCUAUGAUGCAAGACCCAAUGUAAAUGCAGUGGCGAACAAGGCAACAGGAGGAGGAUAUGAAAGUGAUGAUGCAUAUCACAACGCCGAACUUUUCUUCUUAGACAUUCAUAACAUUCAUGUUAUGAGGGAAUCUUUAAAAAAAGUCAAAGACAUUGUUUAUCCUAAUGUGGAAGAAUCUCACUGGUUGUCCAGUUUGGAGUCUACUCACUGGUUAGAACACAUCAAGCUUGUUUUGACGGGAGCCAUUCAAGUAGCAGACAAAGUUUCUUCAGGCAAGAGCUCAGUGCUUGUGCACUGCAGUGAUGGAUGGGACAGAACUGCCCAGCUGACGUCCCUGGCCAUGCUGAUGUUGGACAGCUUCUACCGGAGCAUCGAAGGGUUUGAAAUACUGGUACAGAAAGAAUGGAUAAGUUUUGGACAUAAAUUUGCAUCUAGAAUAGGUCAUGGUGACAAAAACCAUGCCGAUGCUGACCGAUCUCCUAUUUUUCUCCAGUUUAUUGAUUGUGUAUGGCAAAUGUCAAAACAGUUCCCUACAGCUUUUGAAUUCAAUGAACGGUUUUUGAUUACAAUUUUGGAUCAUCUGUAUAGUUGCCGGUUUGGUACUUUCUUAUACAACUGUGAAUCUGCUCGAGAAAGACAGAAAGUUACAGAAAGAACAGUAUCUUUGUGGUCACUGAUAAACAGUAAUAAAGACAAAUUCAAAAACCCCUUCUAUACUAAAGAAAUCAAUCGAGUUUUAUAUCCAGUUGCCAGUAUGCGUCACUUGGAACUUUGGGUGAAUUACUACAUUAGAUGGAACCCCAGAAUCAAGCAACAACAGCCCAACCCGGUGGAACAGCGCUACGUGGAGCUCCUGGCCUUGCGUGACGAGUACAUCCAGCGGCUCGAGGAGUUGCAGCUCGCCGGCUCCGCCAAGCUCGCCGAGCCCUCCACCUCGCCGGCCAGCCCUUCGCCGAUGAUGCCCCAUGUGCACACCCACUUCUGAGACAGGACCUGGGCGCCACGGCGCAGCCCCGGGCAGAGGACGUCGUGGCCUUUCAUCAGGGGCCUCUGUACAAAGUAGAUUGAAAUACUUGCCUCCAUGUAGAACUGGAACUAACACGAUCUUAAACUCUUGAAUAUGUGCCUUCUAGAAUACAUAUUACAAGAAAACUCUAGCAUCUACACGGCAAUCAGAAGAAAGGAGCCAAGAUGAGGUUUUGGAAAAUGCUAACACCUUUCAAGAGCAGGUUUUGAGAGGUUAAAUUUAAUUUACCUCUUUUGAAAUACUAUGUAUACAAUAUCUAUUUUGUGGGCUUAAUUGGAACGACGUGAUUUUAAACUAAAGUGAAAACCUGUGUUUGUGAAACGAAUUUGCGUUAGGUUGCUCGCGACAGUUGCUUUGGAUUACCUAAAAUGAAUCCAAAUGUGAAAGAUGUUAUUGCCAAAACCAAAUUGAGCUCUUCUUCUGAGGCAUCAUCCAAAAGCAAGGUGUUUAAAUAAUUGCCAAAUUUUAUACCAUCGUCAAGUGGUGACUUAAAGAGAAAUAGCUGUGUAGAUGAGUUUUUCAUUAGUUUGAAAUUUUAGAAUAUGAAGUGUUUUCCCCUAAUUUUCAAGAGGAGCGUAUUUUUAUAUUACACAGAUGGGGCCCAGUCAAAUAGGAUUUGAUUUUUUUUUUUUUUUAACGUUUUGCCCGUUCUAUUUUCUGAGUUCUUCCAUGAGCUUGCCUAAAAUUCUGACCCACUUUCCAGUUAUGGAAAACCCCUCAUAUAGCACUGUUUGAGGAUGGCGGGGGCGUUAUGCUGCUGAGGUGACUGUUUUCGCAAACAUCGCUCUAGUCAGGCCAGUUUAUCUGCCAAAGCGUAGGGUCGACCAUCUCGGACAUAUGAGCUGUUGCUAGAGCAUCAUUCUUUGAAAUAAAAGCUGCAGAUGUACAUUUGUUGAGCGUAUUCUUCAAAGUAUUGUAUUUCCAUUUACAUGGUGUUGGAUGCCCUUCCCCCCAAGCGUGCAUUAAACUGGUUCUACAAAUUUUUACUUGAAGUAUACCCGGCAGUUUGCUUUUUCAGGUUUUGGGUUUUUUGUUUCUUUGUUGUUGUUGCUUUUUGUAGUAAUAGUAGUAAAUGAAAUUGCAAAUGCAGUUCUAUUUGAUAUCUGAACUAAUUCAUUUAGUUAAGUAUAUUUGUAAAAGUUAAGGCUAGAGUUAAAACAAUUAAUGUUUUACAGUGAUUUGUAAAGGACUAUUUAUAGCUAAUAUGGUUUUGUUUUCAAUGAAUUAAGAGAGAUUAAGUAUAUCUUUGUAAAUUAUUUUAUGUCCUAGCUUAAUUGGUCUACCAAAUAAGACAUCUCAAAUAUAGUAGUAUAAUGUAUAAAUUUUGUAUGUAUAAGAAAUUUUAUUAGACGUUCUCUUGCUUUUUGUAAACGCUGUAAAUAUUUCAUAAAUUAACAAAGUGUCACUCCAUAAAAAGAAGAAAGCGAAUACUAAUAGCUUAAAGGGUUUUGUGAAAUUUCAUGAAAAAGUUUUCAUGACAAUAAUGACUAAAGUCCUGCUGUAAUAAAUAUAUUAACGAAACAUAGCACUCUGUUUUCGGGGG